AUGGCGUCUGCGGCAGCAGCAGAGGCUGAGAAGGGAUCUCCAGUUGCGGUGGGCCUGCUAGUUGUGGGCAACAUCAUUAUUCUGCUGUCAGGCCUGGCCCUGUUUGCUGAGACCGUAUGGGUGACAGCCGACCAGUACCGCGUAUACCCACUGAUGGGAGUCUCAGGCAAGGAUGACGUCUUCGCUGGCGCCUGGAUCGCCAUCUUCUGCGGCUUCUCCUUCUUCGUGGUAGCCAGUUUUGGUGUGGGUGCCGCGCUCUGCCGCCGCCGGUCCAUGGUCCUCACGUACCUGGUGCUCAUGCUCAUCGUCUACAUCUUCGAGUGCGCUUCCUGCAUCACGUCCUACACCCACCGUGACUACAUGGUGUCCAGUCCAUCCCUGAUCACCAAGCAGAUGCUGACCUUCUACAGCGCGAACACCGACCAGGGCCGGGAGCUGACCCGCCUGUGGGACCGCGUCAUGAUUGAGCAAGAGUGCUGUGGCACAUCUGGUCCCAUGGACUGGGUGAACUUCACAUCAACCUUCCGGGAGGCCACUCCGGAGGUGGUGUUCCCCUGGCCCCCACUGUGCUGUCGCCGGACGGGAAACUUCAUCCCCCUCAACAAGGAGGGCUGCCGCCUGGGGCACAUGGACUACCUGUUCACCAAGGCUGGAGUACAGUGGCACGAUCUCAGCUCACUACAGUGUCUGCCUCCCAGGUUUAAGGGAUUCUCCCACCUCAGCUUCCAGAGCAGCUGGGAUUACAGGGCUGCUUUGAGCACAUCGGCCAUGCCAUCGACAGCUACACGUGGGGCAUCUCGUGGUUUGGGUUUGCCAUCCUGAUGUGGACGCUCCCAGUCAUGCUGAUUGCCAUGUAUUUCUACACCACGCUCUGAGGGACAAGACGGGAAGGCAACAUACACACCCCGGCCUCCUCUGCAUCCUCCUCCUGCUUCCUCCGCUGGGGCCUGGAUGGCUGCCUCACGUCUGCCCUCCCAGCCUCCCCAGCCCUUACCUCCUUCCACUUCCAAGAUCUUU